ACCGACAAGUCCAAAGCCUGACAAAGCGCCGCCACUAGCGUUCGCUUUCCUACCAAUUGGCCAAGCAGUCCGUAAGAUCACCAUCAUCUUUGGAGCCCUCCGUCGUUCAGUUGACAUUCUUGCCCACCUAUCCCACUCAAUCCCGUAAGGAGCCCACUACAUAGCGCCUGUAUCCCCGUAUCCAUGUAAACAUCAUGGUGUUCGCACUUGGCCGUGACAAGUCGCCUCAGCCUGGGGAAGUCAUCCCGGGGAAAGCCACUGCCUUCAUUGUUCCCGGUGGAGGGCAUUUCGCAGUUUGUACUCGGGGUGUUGUAAAAGCAAGGAAAUCGAAACCAGAUGUGCCCGCGCCGCCGCGAACCUCAAAACACCCAUGUCUCUGCAGUGGGAACACCAUGGUUCUGCACAGACUUGGGACCACAAUGCAAUCGCAGGACAUGACCGAACUUGAGAGGACAUGUGGGCACAAACAGUGCAAGCUGAUAGGACUUCCUGCCACCGAGAUUGCAAUUGCGACGGACGAGAUUGCAAUGACCAACGGGCCCACCGACAGCGACAGUGACACUCGACAGCAAAGCAGGAGGGACAGCAAAAAACCAAAGGCAACGAGGGGGAUGGUUGCAAAGAGGGUUCUGUUGGGGGGUGGCUCCGGUGCAAGGGGAAGGAUGGUGUUUGCGAACAUGGGGGGUGGUUCCACCGACUCUGCUGUAUGACGACCGAAGUCAAGAACCCUUGCUGGUGGUGUGAGGACUGUCGCCCCACCCGAUAUCACCAAAAAAGGAUUUGGAAGGAAUUGGAGGGAGCGAGGGCAGCGAAGGGGGCAAGCGAUGCAGAGGAUGCAAAGGGGGCAAAGGAGGGAGAGCUCGUGCGGGGCACGAUGGAGCCUGUCACAGUCACCGAUGGUGGAAGCGAGACAGAGGAGGAUCCGACCUUUGGCACACCAAAGAAGAGGAGGGUGAUGCGAGAAGGUGGCACCGACAGACGCAG